AUGUCCCUGGCGGUGAAGGAGAAGAACCACGUGCGUCUGGUCUUCCUGGGUGCGGCAGGAGUGGGCAAGACAGCUCUGAUCCGCCGCUUCCUGCUGGACACUUUUGAGCCCAAGCACCGGCGGACAGUGGAAGAGCUGCACAGCAAGGAGUACGAGGUGAGUGGGGCCACCAUCAAGGUAGAGAUCCUGGACACCAGUGGCAGCUACUCCUUCCCGGCCAUGCGCAAGCUGUCCAUCCAGAACAGUGACGCCUUCGCCCUGGUCUACGCGGUGGAUGACACAGAGUCCUUCGAGAGCGUCAAGAGCCUGCGGGAGGAGAUCCUGGAGGUGAAGGAAGACAAGUUCCCCCCCAUUGUGGUGGUGGGCAACAAGGCGGAGGCCAACAGAGAGAGGCAGGUGCUGACUGAGGAUGCCCUGUCCCUGGUGGAGCUGGACUGGAACAACCGCUUCCUGGAAGCAUCGGCCAAGGAAAACGAGAAUGUGGUGGAAGUCUUCAGGGAGCUGCUGCAGCAAGUCAACCUGCCCAGCCGGCUCAGCCCGGCGCUGCGCAGGAGGAGGGAGACCUUCCCAAAGGAGAACGCACUCAGACCACCCAUGAACAAGACCAACAGCUGCACUGUCUGCUGA